CAUUUAACACUAGUUAUAGUAAAAUAAAGUUUUCUUCGGGUCAUUAAAACAGCCAUUACACGGCAUUUAUAUGCGUCAACGUACGUACUCGCCUUCAUUAUCAACUCCAAACCUCUCUCUAUCUAUAUUUAUGCUUUGAUGUGAACUUUAUUUUUUCCCUAACAAAAUAAAUAGUAUUCAUCACUUUGCUUAGCUUCUUAGAAAAACUCUCCUCCCUUACCAUCACCACUAGUCCACCACAACGUAACUAUCGAUACGUUCGAUACACUAACAAUCAAGCUAAGCCACCGCAAUGUCAGUUAAAAACUGCGGCCACCACAAGGACAAGAAGAAGAUCCUCCUAAAGCGAAUAUUCGCCGGAGUUUUAAUCUUCGUCUUUGUAGUCCUCCUCAUAGUCCUUAUCAUAUGGGCCGUCCUUAAGCCCUCUAAGCCAAGUUUUAUCCUCCAAGAUGCAACCCUUUACAACUUUAACCUAACAAGCCCGGCACAGCUCACAUCCAUCUUUCAGGUGACCGUACAAUCCAAAAACCCGAAUGACAAUAUUGGAAUCUACUACGACAAGUUGAUCUCCUACGCCACGUACCAUGAUCAACAAAUCAGUCUACCAACAUCGAUUCCGUCUACGUAUCAAGAUACAAGAGGGAUGAAUAUAUGGUCACCUUUUCUACAAGGUCAGUCCGUACCAAUUGCUCCCUACAUAGGAGCUCAAAUCAAUAACGAGCUUGAAAUGGGAAGUGUUCAACUCAUUAUCAAAUUGGAUGGACGGGUAAGAUUUAGAGUUGGGUCUUUCAUUAGUGGAUCCUAUCGCAUCCACGUCAACUGCCCGGCGGUUAUUCCGAUGAAUAAUCCCGGUACCGGAAUUAUGGUAGGGCGUACCGCCAUCAAAUACCAGCUUAUCCAAGGUUGUAGCGUUAGUGUGUGAACAAUUAUUAUAUUCAUCACAUGAAGUAUUAUUAUUUCUCCUUGUUAUUAGUUAUUAUUAUAUUCUCUCUUUUUAUUUAUUUUCUCUCAUAAAAUUGUAAAUUUUUGUUAUUUACCAUGAAUAAGGUUAAAAAAAAAAAAAAAAAGUUAGAUUGAUUUGCAAUUAAAUGGGAAAUUAUGGAAGUUAUAAAAAAUGUAUUAUUUUUCUUAUUCAUAUAUAAUUAGUGGAUAAAUAUUUUUUAUCAAA